AUGAAGGUCUUCGCCAGCAUCCUCGCCAUCGCCGCAGUUGCAUCUGCAGCCGCAACUCCCGACAUGAAGCGUCGUUCUGCCACCCUCGACACUCGUGCCGCAGCAGGACUCUGUGGUCCCCUCGACACUCCCAUGUGCUGUGCCACCGAUGUUCUCGGUGUUGCUGACUUGGCCUGUACCUCUGUCCCUACUACUGUGAACACUACCACUGCCUUUACUGCUUACUGCGCCGAUCAGGGCAAGCAGCCUGAAUGCUGUGUUCUUUCCCUGCUUAACUCUGCUGGUCUUUUGUGCAGCGCUGCUUGA